UUCUGACUUGGACGUUCGCUCACUUAUCAUGUAGCGGAGGUGUGAUGAUGGAUAUGUCAGUGCCACGUAUAUGUUCCACGCCACCUUUCCAUAGGCAAAUCUUGAGGAGCAAUUACGCGAAUGGGAGUACAUCAAAGAGAGCAAAGAAAUCAGUGAUAUCAAAAAUGCGAACUGUAUUUGGAUAUCUCCUCGCUCUGCACUUGAGCUUGCAGAAGAAUAUCAAAUAUACCCUUGGGUUCGAGCUUUGAUUGACCCUUCAUCGAUCGCUUUGUCGUUCAGCGCCAAAGACAUUGUUAUGCCACCUCCGAUCUUUGAUUUGUCGGUGUUUGAAAAGGAUCGUAGAGAUGGCAAGGGCUCUUCGCAAGAUUUUAAGGAUGGUUUCAAGAAGGAAGAAAUAAAUACAGAGUCCAAAGCCUGGCCAACAGGCAGUUCAUCAACUCCAGGCGCCCUCGAUGAUGAUAAGAGUAAAUCGACACAACAGGCUGGCAACAUACUUCAACCCACAAUGAACCUAGACAAUAUGGCUCGAGUCUUUCUAGACAGACUAGACAGACAGAAUGCCGAAAAUAGUCAUCUUGAAGAGCAGCUGAAAAUCGAGAGGAAGCAACAUCAAGAAGAGGUGGAGAAGCUCCAGCAGCGCAUUGCAGGGCUGACCACCAGACUAGCUUGUUUGAAUUCGGGUAUCCAGGACGCUCACAAACGGAAUCUCUCUCUUCCUUCUGGUUUUCAGUUUCAAUUUGGAGCUGGUGUGCCCCAAAUGCAGCUGAAUAUGUUGAAAGGGCCGGAAAGUGAAGAGCUACCGGCAUUCUCAGACGUAUCCAAGUUAGGGCCUGAGGUGGGGUCUAUGUAGAUACCUAGGCUUACUUCUAGAGCGAUUGCGGCAUAAUUUUGGUGAUGGCAAUCUAUAUACACGCACGCCCUCGGCGCAGCAACG